AUGCUGCAACAGAUCCUUCCAACUCCGCCAUCUUCUUCUGACGGCUUCUCUCAACAACCAGUGGCCAUGAUGGAGUCACACACUUCGCACCCUCAAGGCUCUAUGAGCCCAGAACAAAGCUUUGCAGGCUACUCUUACUCGACUCGAUACUCUACUCCUGUCCGUGACGACGACUCGUCUGUGUAUGAGCCAUCAACUGUCUAUUCACAAAGAAGCGAUGUUUCCUUUCAAGGUUUUUCUGGGGGUCUAGGUAUCACCAGUAAUCCUUAUGGUCCUUUACCUGAUAAGAUCGGCUACAAUAAUCAUCUCCCAUACACACCGGAAUCAUCACCUUCAGCACCUUGUCCAUCUAGUGAUGCAAUCACCACUCGCAGUGGUCUGAAUAUCGCUAAGAAAUCGCUCACCGCACGAUCACCAGCAGUUAAAACUGGUCGAGUUCAGAAGAGAAGCCGUGCAGAGAAAGCCAAGAAUGCUUCCAACAUACUUUCAAAGCCGCUUUCCGAAGCUGCCAGAGACUUUCCCGAUAUACACGUCGCUGACAUCGAGGCCUUUGUCAAUCGGUCAACUGAAGAGAGACUGUCUGAAACUUCGCGUAACAAAAAGGCUGGUCAGAUAAAACGUCCCAUGAAUGCCUUUAUGCUAUACCGAAAGGCAUAUCAGGAAGUCGCUAAGACGCAAUGUUCUCAGAACAACCACCAGCAUGUCUCAAAAGUUUGCGGUGCUGCAUGGGUUUUGGAGCCAACACACAUCAAGGAGAAUUAUGAUCAAUGGGCCAGAAUAGAGCGUGUGAACCAUCAGCGAGCACAUCCAGGGUAUAAGUUCACACCCUCCAAGCCACGAAAGGCCAAACGCGAUGGGGAUGGCGAUGACGACUAUUCAGACAACGACUCAGAAUGGAACGGCGGACGUGGUCUUUCAAGUGCAGCUCGAAAGUCCAGAUUCCGCCAUGCUACACGACUGAGCGAGACACCAGUCGCCUACGAUGUUGCGGGUAUUGCGAUCGGAGAGCCAGCCAUGCCAUCUUACCAUGACAUGUAUGCUUACCCGGCUCCGGAUCGGCCUCACUCACUGUCGUACGAUGAUAUCACGCCCAGUCCCUAUGACAUGGGCAUUCAUCAAUACAGCGGUCUUGACAUCAACAACAAAGUAAUCAGUAGAACCCCUUCUCCUGGUGCCAUCGACUACCCUGUACACGGGCUUGAUGGAUUCGCCAACUACUACGGACCACCUGGGUCAAGCUUUGACAAUGCCGCUCCCCAUUUCUUCGGACCUGCCCAGUACGAUAUUUAUGAUGGGAUUCCCGCCAGCGUCCCUUUUGGCCAAGAGGGCUGGGUUUCUCACAUGGAAAGUGGUCAAGACUUGUUGCCAAUCAUGGGUGGUUAUGAAGAUACUACAGCACAAGACGCGUACCUGAAGGGAAACAAAGAUGACUGGAAAGUCGAAAUCAUGGACGAACCUGGUCACUUCGAGGAUUGGAUGACCUGGAUCUCUAAAACAGUGACCGUUACUGGUCUAGUCCUCUUAGCACAUGCAUGCUACUCCGCGCAAGAGCACUCCGUCAUCUCGUCAACGGCGGUGCAUCAUGGCCAGCCGCAGCCGCUUGCAACACACUCACUCCCAAUUGACAUAUCGAUCGAAGCACUGGUAGCGACCUUGACCAUCGUUCUGGGCUUGGUUCUGGGAACUCCGAAGCUUCGACCAAUUAAGUGGCACGAAUGGGCUGGCAAGAUUGAGCGCGAAGGAGAGGCUGGUUUCCAAACAGGAAGUGGCGAGGUGGAAAAGGACUACCGCGGAAACCCUUUCAAUGUGCUUGAGACGAGACCUGGUUUCAUCGACAUUCGCAAGCAGCGACGUGAAUUUACGAGCUGGGUCAAGGCUGACGAGAAGUGA